AUGAAUUAUCAGUUUCAUGUUUUUAACAAACCUAUUACGGGAACACCAGCUGUGAUUUCCAUAAUUCCUAAUAAGGGUUUACUAUGCAAAUAUGGUGUGAAAGGUUCAGGCCAGUUCAAUAAUAUCAUAGGUGUUAGUGUAGGUGGGAAUGGGGUAACUGCUGUAUGUGAUCAAGGUAAUCAUAGUGUUCAGUUGUUUUCUUUGUAUGGGACACACCAACGUGUACUUCAGUCCACUAAUUUUACAUCCGGAUUUGCCCCACGAUAUGUAGCUAUAUCAAAGGAAGGUUACUACUUCAUAACAGGUUAUAGUAUCAAACAAGUUGCUGCAUUUGAUAAAAACAGUAAGGUAAUUACAUGCUUUGGGAAUCAGGAAUUUAAAUAUCCUAUGGGUAAUGAUAUUAGUCCUUUGAAUGACCGAGUGUAUGUUAGUGAUUACAGUGCACAUUGUAUUAGAAUAUACACCCAAGAUGGUGGAUAUAUUAAAUCAUUCGGUUCUCAUGGUAGUGGGAAAUGUCAGUUUGCCAAUCCACGGGGAAUGACCGUCGAUAACAAGGGCAAUGUCAUCGUGGCUGAUUACAGCAACCAUCGCGUUCAGGUGUGUAAUCCUAAUGGUGUAUUCUUAUUCAGUUUUGGCAGUAAGGGAAAUGGUUAUAAUCAGUUCAAUUGUCCGUAUGAUGUUGUUUGUGAUAACGAUGCCAAUAUGUAUGUUUCUGAUACCAAUAAUAACAGAUUUAUGAAAUAUGAUUCUCAUGGUGUGUUUGUUUCUCGUAUUGAUAACGAUCAGAAUGCAUUGCGUAUUCCUGUAGGUAUCAGUGUUACUAAUGAUAAGCCAUUCGGUCAUGUUGUGGUGGCAAGCCAAGAGGAUAACUGUAUUAAAGUGUUUGCGCAAUGA